AUGACCAAUGACAGCUCCAUGGACUCCACAGCAAAGCUGCUGGAACUCUAUGGGCCUGAGGAGCAACAGAUGACGCGUGGUCCUGGCCGUAAUAAACGGCGCCUACCUCUGCUAGAUGAGCGCAAAUUUCGCAGAGCUGUCUCUGUUAGAGGAGCGAGCGAGCGAGCCGCUGCUGAGAUCUGGAACAUCAUUCAAUCAGAUGAGAAGCAGAUUAGUCGUGGGCGAGCUGAACGCCUGGUCGCUGCAGAACUGAAGCCAUGGAUUGACGCCAUGCAAGAUGAACCUUUUCUUCGCCAUGAUGGAUCCACUGUUGCUUUGCCAGUGGUGGAUUUGAAGCCGAAUCUAUACUACAUCAGCUGGUUAGAGCUGGGACAUCUGAUCAAAAAUGCAAACUGCUGGAUCCCAUUAGCAACAGUGCAAAGCUAUUGCUUAGCGCAGCUGCAGGGUGGCCACAGCUCCAUCAUGAUCAAGAUCCUCGACAAGGUACUCACGGAAGAGAAUGAAACAGGCUUUGCUCUGUCAGGGGGCGCUGUCUUCAAACAGAGAGCGCAAGCUUUUUUCAUAGGUGACUUGGAGGCUGUCCGAAGCAUCUAUAGCUUCAAGGGGUCAGCUGGUAUGCGUCCAUGUGUCCUUUGCCUCAAUUGCGUCAAGUCUGGUUAUGUGGCCAGUUCGGACAGCUACUUCAAGGAGGUGUCCGCUAGCUCUGGUUUCCUGCCCUCAUCAGAUGAUGAUAUCUUUCAGAUGUGUGAGCGUCUGCGGGCUGCUGUCAGCAAGGCGGACCUUGAAGCUCAGGAAAAGUGUAGCGGGUUAUCCUACAAUCCAGCAUCUCUGUUGUGGAGCCCAGCUACAAGAGUCAAGAUGGCCCCAAGCAGGAUCAUCGGAGACGCCAUGCACCUUUACUUCGUGAACGGCAUCUGUAGCUGGGAGAUCGCCUUGUUCUUGCAAAUAGUUUUUGACCACACGCCGCUCACUUUGAGUGCUCUGCAAGAUGUUGUCUUGGCUGGCAACUGGGUCUCUGCAAAGUCGACGGGCCGCACCAGGACCUACCUCAAGAACUUGUUCCACGAGCGCCUGUACGGUGAUGGUUUGUUCAAGGGCCAAAGGCAUCAGACUACAGCUUUGUUGCCCCUGUUGUUUUACUUCACCUUGACGGCGAUUGAGCCCAGUGGCCUGGUUCCAGCUCGCUAA